AUAACAAUGAAAUAAAUGCAGAAGGUGAGGGUAGUGGCGAUAUUAUCAAUACAAAAGGGCAUAAGUGCGGAAAAUGUAAAAAAUAUGGACAUUAUGCUAAAACUUGCGAAGCUGAGGUGUUGUAA